UUUGAUAACUUCGUAGUAAAAUCGAUAAGCAAAUACACCAAGAAAGACUAAAGUUUUGCAAGCCUGUUAAUAAAAAGUGCAAAAUGCAAUUAGAAACAACAACUGGCUUGCUGCUAACAAAGGAAGAACUGAAGAGAAUACUCAAUGGAUUUACCCCCACGUAUUUAAAGCCCACCGAUCCGCACAUUUCUACCACAGAUCUGCCAACUUUUAAGAAACUUGGUGUUUUGGUGGACUUGGAUGAGAUUCCCGAUGCAGCCGAAACGAAAUCCAAGCAGCACAAAGUGAAUGUGAAUACAGCACAAUCGCAGUCCUAUAACUGCAUCCAAUGUCGACGCCAAUUGCCAACUGCCCACCUGUUGGAUCUGCACAUCACGGAACGGCACGAUUUGUACUUUGCAGCGAGCGUGGAGCGCGGAGACAAGCCCAUGUUUGCCUGCUACAUUGAGGAAUGUGGGCUGAAGUUCCAGGGGCCCAGUGAACGCAAGGAUCAUUGCAUUGGCGUGCACAUGUUUCCGGCCAACUAUCGCUUUGAUCAGGAGAAUGCCAACAAAAUCAAGAAUCGCAAGCAGCAAACCGAAGAUUCAAUGGAUGUGGACAAUGUAUCCAAUCCGUCCAAGGCAGCUCAGUUACCCUAUAUAAAGGCCUUUAGUUUUGGGCAUCCCACACAGCGCACAUUUAAUACACGCAAGGAAAGUGGGCGUGGCAAGGAUUUUCUCAAUGUGAAAGAAAUGCAGGAAGCGCUGAAUGAAAUGAAUUAGUUUUAUGUUACCAUUUUAUUACUUUUACUUUUACUCGAAUGUUGCAUUGUAUUGAUAGUUGUAUUAAUUAAUUUGCGGAAAUCUUAAAGAUCAUUUGGUUUUGGUGCUCGAUCUGUAAUAUGAAGAAAAUAAACACAAGUUGCAUAUUGAAAUGAGUUUAAA